CUGCGUCCCCGUCAGGCCGCGGUGCCGUCGUGUCGUUAGGUGGUGUGUAAUCCGUGGCAAUCCGCGCGUUAAUCUAGUUUCACCGGGAGUUAACCCUGUUGUGAAUUGGUAACCCAUUUGGACGGACCAAGACAAAGGGUUCGUUCUUUGGGUCUGAUUGGUACUAAAUGGUUGCGUGCAGACAGCAUGUCUACUCUGUCAGGGAUUGUGUCGAAGGGGGAGAAAGGAAAAUCCAAGUUUCAAUCAUUAGAUAUCAAUAGCUUGUACCGGGUGAGUAGGGGUGAAUCUUUGGAGCCACAUCAGCAGAAAAAUACAUUACCGCGCAAACAUGGAAUGCAAAGUCUUGGAAAGGUGCCUUCGGCACGGCGUCCUCCAGCUAAUUUGCCCAGUUUAAAAAGUGAAACUAGCAGCAGUGAUCCGGCUGUCAGUCUUGUGCCAAGUGGAGGAAGUGGUUGGGCUACUACUAAGGAUUCAACAUCAUCGACCACUACUACUACCACCACAGUAGCAACUUCAUUAGAUAACACUACUACUGUCUCUUCAACAGCACAAUGCGCAGCAGGGACCUCUGUUUCAACAUCCCUACACUCUUUACUGCCGACACAACAAAAUGCGUCACAAGCUCCUUUUUUGGAUCAGACAAACAACAAAUCAUCAUGGAGCGCGAUUAUGAGCAGAUCAGGAGACGUGGUUGGUUACGCGGGGCUCGUGGGGGGCGCGAAAGGGGGAAGAGGUGCCCUUGGACUGAGUUUCCUCGCCCACCAGUCCCCGCAGUUCCAACACGAGUUUCCCAGUCUCAGUGGACAGCCGUCCGCCUCCGUCUCCACUCAGAGCCAGACUCAACAGUCCUCAACAACAUCCAAUGCAAUCUCAGUCGCAGUCCAUCAAUCGUUACUACAGCAACAGCCGUAUUCCCACAACCACUCAGGUGGGGUACCGGGAAACCAACAGCCAUCGAAUCGAGAGUUAAAUGCGCAAUAUGGUCCAGGGCCAAGUCUGCGUCCACAGACCGAAGGAAGUUGGAUUCAAGGCGGAAGUCGUACGGCAAGUGGCGCAGUGCCAGUAACAUCAGCUGGUCCCGGAAAUGGGAAUACUCCGGCGGGCCAGGGCCUCCCUUUAAAUAUACCUGUUUCAGGAGGACAUACCCAGGAGGGACCCGGUGGAGGGCGGCAGAACUUGGGCCAAUCGCCCAACAUGGUCGCGGGCCCGGCAGGCCAGCAUAAUUCCGUAAAUAAUCAAGGUUCUGCGCCUUCUUCCGGUUCUCAUCAGAUUGGGCCAAACCUGCAUCAUUAUCGGGGUCUUAUCCCGCCAUUUAUGUAUAGAUCAAAUUUUCCUGGUGGAUUUUCUUCACAAUUUUCAUCCAAUUCUGGAUCUAACAGUCCCCGACCUAGAUUUAAUCAUCCUUUGGAUCGAUUUCCACCUCCUCAACGUGAGCGUAUGGGUGAGGAAGAAAUUCUGACUAGACCCAUCAUUAAAGAAGAAGAUCUUACUCGUAUGGAUGAUAUUUCCCGUGACGCAGGAUGGGCUGCGCAUGAUGAUAUUGAUUAUAACCAAAAAUUGGCCUUUAGCGACGAUGAAGCUGAAUCAGAACCAUCGAAAAAUGACGAGAAAAAAGAUAUCAAGGAGAAAAAGAGCGAUGACAAUGUUACAGAAGAAAAGGAGAAAGCUCGAGAUAAUCGAGAUCCGAAAGAACUUCGUGAUCCGCCGCAUCGUCCUUGGACUCAACCUAUGAAUCGUGAUUAUCGUGGAUCGAAUGGCGCGAGUGGUGGCUAUGCCAGUCAGUCACAAUUGCAUUCUGUACAUGCUUUGAGAGGUGUUGAAGACGACGAGACAUGGAAUGAACGACGUAGAAUCAAGGUUGAGGUAGCGUCUGUUGUCGAACGUGCGCGAUUACGCAAAGAAGAAGAGGAGAAACGUUUCCAGGAAUCGACGAAGCAAGCAGCAGCUAAGAAAUUACAGGAUUUGGAGCAAAAGCUGAAAGAAAAGCAAGCGAAGCAUAAGGAUGAGGAACGUGCGCAGUCUGGCGAGUCUAAAAGCUUGAUCAGCAUCCCGCCUGUACCUCUUCCUAUACCCGAGUGGGAGAGGGAGAAAGAGAAUAGAGAGCGAGAGAGUAGAGAACGGUCCCGCACUUCGUCCGAAGGGAAAGAUGAGAAAAUCAUCGCAUCUGUACGUGAAUCUCGCGACAAUCUAAGAGAAGGUAGAGAUCAAGGAUUGACAGACUUUCGUCAGAGCGAUCGACAGAAUUUCUUACGACAACAGGACACAGUGCGUAGCGAACGUGAAAGAGAACGUGAUCGUGAUCGUGAUCAGAGAGACUCAAGAGAUCGUGAGCAACCGGCGUUCUCUCGGCACUUUCAGAAUAAUUUACCGCCCAGAUUUCAAAAGCAGCAGGCAGAGAGAAGCAGUGCAAAUUUCAACCGAAUUUCACCGAAUGCAGAAAGACCUGCUUCCCAGUCUGUUCCAUUUUCCCAACAAUACGAUCCCAGUAGAUGGCUUCACAAUUACAAUUCAUUGAAUAGUGGUAUGAAGCAACCCAUGCCAUCGCAACGUCGUAAUAGAACCGAUUCGGACGCUUCGGCACCAUUGGAUGAUGAACGACCUCCGUCUCGAGAUCAUCGCGGUAGUGCACCACCGUCGAGAGACGAUCGCUAUCGACAUUCUUCGCAUCGGUCCUAUGAUAGCCGCAAGCCGGGUGGCUAUUAUGACGAAUACAGCCGUAAUUUCAGAGACUAUGAGUACGAUGACAGGCAUCCUCGUGAUUCUUGGGAACGCGAAAGACAUUUUGAUGAUAAAGAACGAGAUGCGAAGGAGAAUCUGGACUCAAGGGAUAAUCGAGAUACCCGCGACAGUCGUGAUACUCGUGACACUCGAGACGGUCGCGAUGUCAAAGAUUCUCGUCCUACCAGUCGUGAUGCUCGAGACGUAAGAGAUGCGCGCGACAAAGAUAAGAAGGAUUACGAUAAUUAUUCGAAGGAUUCUUUCGAUGAGCGAGAACGCGAACAAAGGGAACGCUCUGAGAACCCAGAGUGGCGAAGAACGCAACGUGGUACAAGACAGACAACUCGACGCGGUGCACGGAAUGAAGAGCGUAAUGAACGUCCGCAGAGACCGGACUCGCGUGACAGUCGCACCUCCAGAGAAUCGAAAACGUCUUUGCGCGAUGACGAACUACAUAAAUUACGGGAUUGCAGUUCCUGGGUGAACGAAGUGUCAGAUUACGAAGAGAAGAAACGAGAUUUGUAUCAUGAAGAAACUACAGAAAGGAAAAGAAAUAGAAGGCAACCGCCAGGUCCAGUUACUAAAGAGAAGAUCGAAGCAGACGAAUUGAAGAAUGAGAAACGCAGUUUGACUCAAUUGAAGAGAGGUAGUUCUGAUCUUCAAGAGAAGAAGGAACAGCCGAAAGAAAUUUCCACUGAGACGAAAAAGGAUACGGAUGUGUGGAAUAGGAAAACGGAACGUACUCCGGAAAGCAGACAGAUCGAGAGGGGUGAUAAUUCGCCGAAGGCAUGGGCUGACGCGAUAUCACCGACAUUCGAGAAGGAAGAGGAGAAACUGACAGAAGCUGCUAAAGAUGGCAAGGAGACCGAUGAAAUUAAACAGACCACAUUGGAUAAACCUGCUUUGGAAAAGAGGGAAGAAACUGUUACCGAGGAUGCCAAAGAGCAAGCCAAGGACGAAAAGAGAGAAAAGAAUACACGCAAUAGAACGAGUAGCAGUGGCUCCAGUUCUAGAAUUCGGGAAUCUCGAGGUGGACGUCAGUGGGGAGGAACUUUCAGCGUUUAUACUCGCGGUUGGCGUGGUCCAGAAUCUAGAGGACGAAGAGGCGGACCACGACCUGCCGGUAAAGCUGGGAUGUCUGCCAAAAGUGGUUCGUACGGACACACCGAUUCUGAGAACAGCGCUGACGAGAUAUCCGGCUCCACCGAGUCUGGAAAAGAGGAUAAGCGAUCGGCUCGUUCUCCGAAACCGUCUCAGAAGGUUGAGAAGGAGGAACGCAAUCGCGAGGUAUCGAGACGGGACGACAAGCGAGGCACAGAGUAUUCUCAGACACGCAGCGAGAAAAGAACGUAUGACGGUAAGCCUAGUCACGAAGCUUUCGCACCGUCAGGCGAACCAUCUCGACGAGGCAGAGGCGGUUUCCGUAUUCGGAAUACGGCCACGGGCAGUCGUAUGGAAGGCUACGGACCGCCGUCCAGUAAGAGUCCGUUCUCAUCGGAACGUAAUGCGGACGAGAAACAUCAGCAACAAACUGCCGGACGGCAAAAUCCACCGACCCCAACCUCAGAGAAAGAGGCAGGUCUCUUACAAUCUGCGCCAGUUGAGUCUACCGAUGACAAGAUAAUCGCGAAGCAACAGGCACUUACAGCGGGUAUCACAGGUAGACGUAAUAAGUCUCCGAGUCAACAAGCCCAACAAUCUGGUAACAAGCAAGAAGCGAAUCACGCGAAUCAAGUUACCAACGCCCCGUCUCAAAAAGCGCAAAUGCGAAAGGAGGAAUCACGUUCUAAGAGGACUCGUAGUGGAAGCAGGAGGGGAAGAGAUAAUCGCGAAGCUCGUUCGCGCGGUAGCAGUGGCACUGUAUCGAAGCAGCCGCAGUCGGACGUAGGCAACGAAGAUUGGGAAACCACUUCGGAGAAUAGCGAGGAGCAUAUAGAUGAUCACAAAGAGUCUCGUAAUAAUCGUAACAAGCAUUUCGGUGGACGAUCCAUUCAAUCUGCGAGUCAAAAUGCUAUCGGCGCGAAUGUGCAUUCCCGUAGAAGCGAGCAAUUGGCAAAUGCUAGAGAGCAACGAGAGAAAAAUCCCAAGUCUUCCAAUCCGGCAUCGCGAGCUCCAGGGGCGGAGAAGCGGAAUUUGCAGAAUGUCGGAUUUAGCGCUCAGAAGAAUCACGCUGAUGGUAUACCGCCUCUGAUGCAAAAUGCGCAAAUACAGAAUGGAGGAAGGUCUAGGAGUCAGAGUUCGACUAACAGUGGCGCGAUUGCAAAUAAACCAAAUAACAAAGAUAGUAUGGUUAAUCGUAUAGAUGAAAUUAAGCUGAGUGAUCCAAAUUUGGUAAAUCAGGCGCUGAACGAUCUUAAUAAGAAGUCUCAAACGAAAGAUAAGAAGUUGGUGGAUUCGGAAAUUGAAACGAAUAGUUGUACCGAGGACGCUACAAGUGUUGUAGCGGAAGAUAAAGUGGAUGCUGACGGUUUCCAAGAAGUGCGUUCGAAGAAGAACGUGAAAGAGUCCAGACAUAAUCAGAAGGAAGAAGUAAAGCCUGUAAAAAGAGACAAAGAGAAGGAGCGUGAACGUGAUCGUUCAAAAUCGAAGUCAAAUGGAUCGCAGCAAGUUCUGCAGCAGGUACAGAAUAUACCGCCUCUACUUAGCCAGAAUAUUCCGCAGCCAGCAAAUAUACCGCAGAAGCAGUACGACAAUCGAAAUUCUCGGAAUCCAAGACUGGCGCCGCGAUUCCAACGUCUAGUGAAGCAACAGCAACAGCAGUUGUGCGCAACUGAUGCGAGCGAUAUGACAAAGUUGAAUAGCUCUGGUAACAAUUAUACUAAAGACUCUUCUAAUAGUCCUGCUCCUCCACCAACGGUCAAUGCUUGGGACAAACCUUUCACAAGUCAAUUGCGCUCGAAUUCUCCAUCUGCGGUUCCUACAGAUAUUCAGCUGAUAUCUUUAACAGCUCAAAAUGAUCACAGCCACGAAGGUAAUGAGGCUAACUCUGGACACAGCAGUCAACGAAAUUCACCGAGUGGUGAGAAGACGGGAAAGAAUCUGAAGGAGCCUUUAACAGAAAAGAAUGUAUCCGAUGUAUCUUCACCUCCCGUACAGACUUUAAUCUUCGAGAAUACGAAUUAUUCAAAAACGACCAAGACGUCCGGACCUGCGGAUCUGGCAGUAAAAUCCAAGUUUUCGAACCAUAUCAAAACGCAACAGCGAGCCGAGAAACGUGCAGAAAUAGAAGAAGAAGGAAAUCAAGUCCAACAGCAUCAGCAACCGGCUAUCUCCGUUGCAUUUUCCAAUAAACCGAAUGACUUGAUCAAGGACAAGAAUCAGGAACCCAUUCAAAUGUCUUUAUCGUUCAAUAAAAACGAAGAUAAUGCCGAUAUGAAAUUGGACUUCAACUUUGAGUCUGAGCUUUCACAAUUGGAUGAUAAGAGCAAGAGUUUGGGCAUGGCACGUUCCAUACACAUGACUGGUGGCCAGAGCACGAUAUCGCCUUCGACUGCAGAACUCAAUCUGAAAAUCGCAUCCGUGAAGAAAGUUUGGGAGAAUGCACCACCGAUGCCAACCGUGGUCGAACACGAAGAUGGUACCAGUGUUGUCAGCAGUGCGACUAGCUUUCCGCAGGCAUUUGAAAGCGGCGACGUCGACGACAGUUACAGCCCCCAUCAACAAUACAACCAGAGCAAUAUAAAAAAUGAAAUCACAACAUCUACGAACGUAUGCAAGCUGGUUCCCCCGCAGGUGAAGCCGCAGCAACAGUCUUCAGGGAGCAGUGGUACACAACCAGGAUCUACCGUACCUGGACCAAGUCCAAUUGGAGCUGGUCAAAGUCCCAUUGGCCAUCCUCCUGUUAGUCUCCAAGGUCCUUUAAGUCCACCUCCAUUCAAUUCUACAGGGCAGCCCUCGCAUAUUAACUAUCAGGAAUUCCCACAGUAUCCUGGUUCACAGGCGGCACAAUACGGUGGUAUGUCGGCUAUACCAUCACCGCCAGCGGUAUUAUUCAACACAGGCUCAGGACAAUUGCCAGCACAAGCGGGUGGUUUAUACGGAGCAUUUCAAUUAGAUCAAAGUCGAUCACCGUUUACGCAGUACGCGCCAUACGCUCCAUCCCUUCAGAGCUCAUUCAGCCAACAAAAUGUGUAUUUACAGCAACCACCACCGCCACCACCUCAUGCGCCAAAUGCUCCUACGCCAGAGAUGUAUCAAAACAAUUUGUCCCAAUACCGUCUUACCGCGGCAGCUGCUCCACCAUUUGGACAGAAUCAGCAACUCAGUAAUAAUCCCAAUACGGUACUCAUUAGUUCGUCAUCAAAUUCUCUAAUGUCGGCGAGCGUCAAACCGUCAUCUCAACCUAUUGGAGCAAUUGGAACUAAAGCUCCGCAUUUCCAGACCCCGUCUGCUCCUCAACCCAAUCAAUUGGCUUAUAUUCCAUAUGAUCCAAAUCAAGUGCUCGGCGUAAGUGGUAGUUACAUGAGCAAUUCGCAAUUAGUGCAAAGACCUGGUCCAAAUGUACAAGCAUCUAACAGUUACUACAGUGCUACAUCUGCCGAUGUGUUUCCUGGAUCACAAACAGGCUUUUAUCAAUCUGGUGGUGCUACUCAACAAACUGGAACUCAUUAUGGUUUGCAAGGAUUUAGUCAGCAUAGCCAAAGUUUAGCAACAGGUAGUGCAACUCCUGUUGGUCUACAGAACUAUGGCCCUAGUUUCUUAUCUAGUUCAGGAUUGCAAAUAGCUGCGGCAGCUCAACAAUUUCGCAAUCCUACUGGUGGUUUACCAGGAAAUGCAGCACCCACGUUUCUUAGUAAGCACCAACCACAGGAGCAACCCAGACAGUUAAAGAGCCCAUCGGGAAAUCAACAGGAUGUGCUUGCAUCAGUUUUUAGCUCAACUUCCCAAAUACCAUCGCCUAAAUCAAGAAAUUGCAAACAACAAUCUUCGUCGCAGCAACCACAGCCAAGUCCUACACAACAUCAUAAAUAUCAACAAUAUCAGGGCGUUAGUCAGUCUGCUCUGGUAAGCAGCUACAAUAACUACGUUUUACAACAGAAUGUACGUGGAAUGGGUAUGCCGCCUCGUGCUGGUAUCCAACCGUCGCAACAGCGUUAUCCACCUCCGAUACAACGACCUCCAGUAGCGUUUGCACCCGGUCCAAACCCAAAUAAUCCUACGCAGCAGCAGCCUGCUUGUAUGCCAACACAGCAGCAACAACAAGCUCAAAUUAACCGUCACAGACCGAAUUUACAUCAGCAACAACAGCAGCAGCGUAACAUGAAGAUGCAGCAACAAUAUUAUUCACCACAAGGAAACGUUAAAAUGGAUUCCAAUGACAAAUCUGACAACCACAAUGACAAGAUGAAUGAUGGUCCUUCUGGAACACAACCUGGGAGUAACAAACCCAAUGUGAAUCAACAAGAUAGUGAUAAUAAUAAGGAAGAAGUGAAUCAACAAAACGAGUGAACGUGAAUAUUCGUGAGGGUGAACAUACUUGCUCUUCCAUUUUGUGGAAAACAUCUUUCUUUAAUUAAACCUUUGAUAUAUCUCGUCGAAAAAUAAGGGCAAAGACUAACGUGCUUUUCUAUUUCUCACGGAAGAAAGCACGCCAGUGUCACAACAGAAUUCGUUUAUCUACGAAAUCGUGCUUAUAUAAUCGACUAGCAGUUAAAUAGAGUAAUUAAAAAUCUGAGUUUUUCAUGCUGUACCGAAAGAAAGAACUUCUAGAAAGGUAACAUUGUCUGUACACACCUUUCCCGUUCUUUAGUUCUAACAGCAUAAACUAACCGUCUUUGUGCAAGUCGAAAAGACGUUUAUUAAGCAUUUCCAUUAUUAAGUAAUAUCGAAUAUACAUGAACAUAUUUAAGAAUGGCGACAAGUUAAUCAGCGCUGAUUGAUACUGUUAUAAAAAGCUUGAAAAAAGUGACACAUUUAAAUUGUCGUGUAAUGUUUAAAUACUUGACUCAAGAAAAAAUAUGUGCCGUCGUUGAGUGGAAUGUUAAUCGAAUUUAAAUGCGAGCUGUUUAAUGAAAUGUUCUGUAUCGUUAAGGAGUCAUGUUCGUGAGGUUGUAUCUGUGGGAAGUGAGACAAAGAAAUCUACACGAACUUUAUAUAUAUACAUUCAUAUAUAUGUAUAUCUCUCUGUACCCAGAUCAGGAUCAGCCUGCGGUAAACGAUACUGCAUGUCCUAGGACGCACGAUGCACGUUUUCUUGAUCACAUCAUGAAAGUCGAAAAGCGAGAAGAAGAGAGCGCAACCAAGAAAAGUUACAAUUAUUGCAAUUUCGUAUGUAGCACGUUCGAAAGGACUGAAACAAGCUGCGGUAUAAAGUCGUCCGUUUAUCCAAACAAUAAGAAGCGGAAUCACUUACCGAUUAGGAUGAUAUCUAUGAGUCUGGUCUAAACAUGACUAUGUCGCCCAUAUGUAUUGCGACAACGAGAAGCUCCAUGUAUAUUGGUCAUUUUGUCGAUGACGCGAGGUCAUGGUGAAACUUCGCGCGACGGAAAUAGGAAACUGUUGUUUAUAGGUAUCGCGUAAAUCAUCAUGAUCUAGCUUCAUUCGCGAUGAGUUUCAAUCAUUAGGUAUAUAAGGUAUUGCUUGUGAAGCGUGAAAAGUCAUAUCGAGCCUUUUCACGCUUAGAAAGAUUAUGUUGGAUCAAUCGAACCGCAAUCUAAACUACUACUAUCGCAACGUACGAAAAGGAUUGUAUAUUCUCUGCUUUCGUUGCAGUUAAAGCUUUGUUAUAAAGAUAAAGCCCAAUGAAAAUAAAUAGUAGUAUUCACAGGA